CUGAGACACAGUUUCCUUAGACAAGAUGCGUGUGACAUUGGAUAGAUGAAAAUCCGGCAUCUCUAGGGACCACUACUUUGGAAUUCCUGCCCCCUGUAGGUGAUGAGAGUCAAGUUGUAAAGAAGGUGAAGGACAUGCCUUAAAAUGCAGAACACAUCCUGCACAGAGGAUAGGAUUCAGCAUGCACUGGAGAGGUGUCUACACGGGCUCUGUGAGAAAAUCGAAUCUCCCUCCUCCUCGUGGACAGCUGGACUUUGCCUCAACUACUGGAGUUUAGAGGAGCUGGUAAAUCGUGAGCCUGCAAAUCACAUUAUCCUGGCAGAGAAAAUCCUAGACAGGACAAGAGAGGCCCAGGAAAAAUGCGAGUACGAGCUUCUUACACCUCUUGCAUUGAUGUUUCAUUUUGCGGUUCUCUUGGCCCCCUGGAUUCCUGAGGAGUAUGAUCUUCUAUCUAAAGCCUUUGAGACAUUUCAUGCAUUCCUUACUUGGCCAGCUCCAUAUUGUGACAUUUACCAGGAGAUUCUAAGUUUUAUAAGUGAAGAGCAAAAAGUUCCAGGAAUCACCUACCAGCGCCUAGUAAGAGCAGAGCAAGGUCUACUGACUAAAUCGUCCAUUCCCAGCAUUGUGACGGUGCUCUUGGUGAACCCUGCAGAGCUACCCAAGGAGUUUGUAUCAGUCGCCGACCGUCUGUGCAACACAGAGCAAACUGCACAAAACACUUACAUUUCUCUCAUCCAGCAUUUGUAUCAAGCCAACCUUGGACCAUCCCCCCAAAUCACACUCAUAAAGGAUAAACUCAAGUCUAAGACAGAGGAGCAACUUGAAACAAUCUUUGCUGAUUUGUCCGAGACUGUAGAACAAGUAGCCAAUAGCAGUGACAUAGAAAAAAAUAGAGAGUGGCUGAAGAAUAAGCUGCGGGAGACUGGGGAACAAGCUGGUUUUCUAGGGGACAAAACAGGGAAUUUCACAUCCCAGUUCAAGCCUAUUUAUCUUCCAGUUCCCAAGUGUUACACGUAUAUUUGGGAUCAAGACAACUUUGAUGUUCUGCAUAAUAUACUAUUACACGAAGAAGACACUAGGGCAACCAGUCUUCCUCCUGAAUACGAAGUCAAUGAGGAAAAUUAUGAUGACGGUGAAGAGGAGGAAGAAGAAGAAGAAGAAGAACUGGAAGAGGUAGAAGAGGAAAUUCAUACUGAAACUAACCAGAGAGAUUCAGUAUUCUCUAGUAACUCUAGAAGAUAUGUGUACUGGAGCACACCAAGUAACGUCCAAGAGGAAGCCAACAUGGCCAAAAUCUCUAACCACUCCAUGCAAUUUGUCUCUAACCUGUCCAGUUGCGUAGAUAGUGGAUACAUUGAGGACAGUGAUGACAGUUCCCAGGAGACACCAGAAAGGAUGGAUUAUCGAGAAGAAAAGGUCAAUCGGAAAUUUACUCAGAAGAUUUGUAAACUGUUUAGAUCCAAGAACCAUCUAUCUAAAGGCAAGUCAAAGACUGAGUUGAGCAAUUCUCCCACCUAUUCUAUAACAGGUUCUACGUCUAACUUGCAUAAUAUACCAUUAAGAAGAGCAGGUAGUUUAUGUACGCCCCAGGUAACACGGGUGCCAGUACGGUCAAAAAGAUCUAAGUCACUUCCCCAACAUGCUCUUGGUGUCCAUAUCUGGGAAAUCCAGCAGAAUCAAAAACUGGCUUGGAAAAGAAGGCCUUUCCUGAGCACCAAUGAGGACGCCAAAGCUUCAACACUGAGAGUUGUGGUGUUCGGUUCUGAUCGAAUUUCUGGAAAGUUAGCCCGAGCAUAUAGCAAUCUAAGGUUAAAGGAAAGUAAAUGCCCGUUGCUAACAAGGUUCUUCAAGCUGAAGCUGUACUACAUACCAGUGAGAAGAAAUAGUUUACUCCAAACCGUAACACUGACAAACCCUGACUCCCCCAUGAAAUCUCCAAGCCCGUUAGGAAAGACUACCCCAGAGGAUGUGACAAGAACAGAGGAAAGCACUAAUGACAUCUCUCACUACAUCGGAAUGUUAGAUGUGUGGUACAAGCGGAACAUCCUGGGUUUGAUGGAUCUUCCCACAUCUGUUCUCUCUCAGUCCUCUACACCUGAAAACGGCUCAGGAGAGACCCAAAAGAUGCCGAUCCUUGCCGACAUGGUGCUUUAUUACUGUCGUUUUGCUAACCGGUCUCUACUUCUCCAGUUGUACCAAGCUGAGAUCACAUUUGACGGUGGCAGGAAACAGACAGAGGUUUUUAUACAGUCUUUGGAAAUGGGGCAUUCUGCAGCACUAAGAGCCAUUAAAGCUUCAGGUCCUGGCUGCAAGAGGCUUGGUAUUGAUGGAGAUCGAGAAGCAAUCCCUUUUACACUACAAAUAGUUUAUAGCAAGUCUAGCAUAAGUGGCCGGAGCCGAUGGAGUGAUGGAGAAAAGGUGUGUACAUCUGUCAGCCUGAAAAAAGCAUGCAAGACGUUCGAAGAACUUGAUUCCAAGAUGGAAUGUCUAAAUCUUACUGUAAGGGAAGUGGUAAAAAGGCAGAACUCCAAAACUAAGAAGAGUUUUAAUCAGCAGAUCAGCAUUUCUGAAAUAAAAGUCGACAAAGCUCAGAUCAUAGCACAGAAUGGAGGAACUUUUCCUUUGUGCUUGGACCAAGACGAACGCAAAAUACUUCAGCGGGUCAUAAAGUGCGAGGUUUCUCCAUGCUACAAGCCUGAUAUCAGAGACUUAAGCCACAUCUACAGGCCUCACUGGUCACACAACUCUCAGGACCAAUUCUGCUCCCUUCUGUGUUUGCCAGUAGCAACAUUCAGUGGUGCUCAGCUCUAGAUGGAAGAUACAAAGACUAUUCUUCUCUAUCCUUCAAAUCAGCAAUGUUUAAAACUUUUUUUUUUUUUUGUAAAUUGAUCUACAUAAGUGGAAUCCUUUCUUACGGUACAAGCAACAGUUCUGCAAGAACACCUUGCCUACAGAUGUCCUAUAGAUUGCAAAUUGUACCACACUAUACCAGAGUAGUUCCAUGGCAUGGUGUGGACCUGAGGACAAAUCUGCUUCUUUGCCAGAAACUGAAAAUGAAUAGAAAUUGACAUAUGCAAUUACUUUGGAUACAGGUUUCUGGAUCUCUGUAUUACCAGCAUUGGUGGAAAUAUGGUUUAACAGAAUGGCUCCAUAUACUUAUAGCUGUUGGAUGAGUCUGUCAACUUCCAUGAAUAAGAAUUGGAUCACCAAAAAGAAACUUGUCUUGCUGUGGUCAUUAGAAUUUUGUCUGUCAUUUAAAGCUGAAGCUAUGUAUGAAGAUGUUACACAUGGUAACCAAUCAGAUUCCACCAUUCAACACCUUUCAACAUAAAAAUAAGUCAUGUGAUUGGUCGCUGUCGGGAACCAGUCUUUUUUGUUUGCACUAUUUUAUUAUCUUAAGGGGUACUCCGGUGGAAUUAAUAUUUUUUUUUUUUUUUUUUUAAAUCAAAUGGUGCCAGAAAGUUAAAACAGAUUUGUAAAUCACUUCUAUUUAAAAAUCUUAAAAGGGGUAUUCCAGGAUUUUUUUUUCAUUUGACUAUGCUACAGGGGCUGUAAACUUAGUGUAGUUCAUAAUAUAGUGUCUGUACCUGUGUGUGAUGGUUUUCUCACAAUUCAUUUGUGAUUUUCACCCCAAUAUUUAUUUUUAUCAGCAGACAAAAUGACUGUUGUCUCAGAUUUUUACCAGCUUGCAAUGCGGCAGAGACCUGACUCACUAGUCAGCUGAUGACAGGGAGCCUGUCUGCUUCAAUGGGUGGAGUGAUCAGUCUGCAACUAAUGCAACAGCUGUAGGCACCCUGAUUGGGUGUUUCAAUGGGUGGGGGGGGCUGAUGUGUGGGAGGGAGGAAAAUGGAAUUAUGGGAUUUGUAGUAAAAAAUUAGAAAAGUAAAACAGGAAAUACCAGUUCACAAAAAGCUAGCCACAGUGUUAUGGUAAUCUCAUGACAUAGCCAUUUAGCCCCAAGACAAGCGCAGAUCCAUUACUGUCUGCCAGGUACGUACUAAAAUCCCCUUAUGGUGGAGAACCCCUUUAAUCCUUUCAGUCCUUAUCAGCUGCUGUAUAAUGCAGAGGAAGUUCUUUUUUUUCUUUCUUUUAUGUCUGACCACAGUGCUCUCUGCUUACACCUCUGUUCAUGUUAGGAACUGUCCAGAGAAGGAUAGGCUUGCUAUGAGGAUUUGCUCCUGCUCUGGCCAGUUCAUGACAUGGACAGAGGUGUCAGCAGAGAGCACUGUGGUCAGACAGAAAAUAAAUUUGAAAAGAAAAGAACUUCUUCUGUAGUAUACAGCAGCUGAUAAGUACUGAAGGAUAAACAAAAUUUUAAUAGAAGUAAUUUACAAAUCUGUAUAACUUUCUGGGACCAGUUCUUUAAAAAAAAUAAAAAUUCCACCGGAGUACCCUUUUAAAGUUCACUGUCUCUGUAAAUACUGUAUAAUGUUGAUUCUAAAAAAAAAAAAAAUGGCUGUAAAAUAGGUAUAAAAAGCAGCUUUUUUUAUUUUAUCUUUUAUAAAUCUUAUAAUGUAUUAUGUAAAGUCUAUGGAAAAGGGGCUGUAAAAAAAAUAAAAAAAUAUAAAAGUAUACAGUAUGCCCUGAUUAAAAACAGUGUAGUUCAAAACACGUCGGAAUUUCAACAGCGUUUUUAGGUAAUUUUUGGAUUUUAUUGUUUGAGAGGUGGCGCUCUUUUCACUAUUCAUCAGCUAUUUGCAUCAGGGAUAAGCUCAAGUUACUGUUGUCUGUCCUUCCGACAAACGUAUUACAUGUCUCCUGUAAACUUCACUUUAUGACAGUGAGCUGACAUUUUUGUAAGUUGUACUGUACAUUGAAUCAUAUCACAAUUCAACCAUUAAAGGGGU